AUGUUGGAUUAUAACGCAUUUUCAGCCAUCGGCCUUUUUUCCACAUUCGUGGUAUUUUCUCUGGUGUCAGAAACCACCUUUGGGGAUGUAUCUUAUUCUUUACCAGAAGAGGUGAAACCAGGCUCGGUUAUUGGAAAUAUAGCGAAGGAUAUUGGACUCGGAGUAAACCAACUGGGGACUCGAAAGGCCCGAAUUGAUGCCGACGGGAACACUAAGCGGUACUGUGAUAUUAAUCUGACUACUGGAGACAUAAUUGUGGGCGACAGGAUUGACAGAGAGGCGCUUUGUGGGAAAAAAGCAUCUUGCGUUUUAAAACAAGAGCUCGUUUUAGAGAACCCUCUAGAGCUGCAUCGCAUUAGUAUUCACGUUCAAGACAUCAACGAUAAUUCACCGCAGUUUAAAAAGAACGUAAUAAAAUUUGAAAUUAGUGAAUCUGCAAAUAAAGGAAGCCGUUAUCGUUUAGAUGAGGCUCAUGACGCUGAUGUAGGACAAAACGCUGUUCAAGGAUAUAAUAUUGACGUGAACGAAAACUUCAAAUUGAAUGUUAUUGGAAAGAGUGGAGGAGGAAAAUAUAGUGAGUUAGUUCUGGAGAAGGAGCUGGACAGGGAACAACAACGAGAGCUAACCAUUGUACUUGUGGCAACCGAUGGAGGCACACCUCCGCGAUCAGGUACGGUGGUUAUUCAUGUCACUGUGCUGGAUGCUAAUGAUAACCCGCCGGUGUUUAGCCAGACCGUUUACAAAGCCAGUCUGCCAGAAAACGCUCCUUUAGACACAAUUGUAAUCACGGUAACCGCAACUGACGCAGACGAGGGAGUAAAUGGUGAUGUGAUGUAUGAGUUUGAUCACAUAUCUGAUGAAAGUAUUAAUUUGUUUUCUCUCGAUCAGAAAAGCGGUGUAGUGAGACUUAGUGGAUCGUUAGAUUACGAAGAGUUUCCUUUCUAUGAAAUGCAGAUUACAGCAAUAGAUGGUCUUGGAUUAGUAUCCUCCUGUACAUUAAUAAUUGAUAUUUUAGAUGUUAAUGAUAACGCUCCUAUAACGUCCAUCAAGUCAUUUACAAAUCCUAUACCUGAAGACAUCUCACCUGGUACAGAGGUGGGCAUCAUUAACGUGCAGGACAGAGACUCUGAGUCUAAGGGUCAGGUCCACUGCUCCAUUCAGCAAAACGUUCCCUUUAAAUUGGUUCCUUCCAUUAAAAACUAUUAUUCUCUGGUGACCACAGGACAACUGGACCGUGAACUAGUGUCUGAUUACAACAUUACAAUCACUGCUACUGAUGAGGGCUCUCCACCUCUGUCCUCCUCUAAAACUGUUCAGUUAUCUGUAGCUGACAUCAACGACAACCCACCUGUGUUUGAGGAACAGUCCUACAGUGCAUAUGUGACUGAAAAUAACAAACCUGGCUCCACUUUAUGUUCCGUUAGUGCUCGAGACCCCGACUGGAGACAAAACGGUACCGUGAUUUAUUCUCUGUUACCUGGUGAGGUGAACGGUGCCCGGGUGUCCUCCUAUGUAUCUGUUAAUGGAGACACGGGGGUGAUCCACGCUGUGAGAUCGUUUGAUUAUGAACAGUUCCGGAGUUUUAAAGUUCACGUGAUGGCCAGAGACAACGGAUCUCCUCCCCUCAGCAGCAACGUGACCGUCAGUGUGUUUAUAUCAGAUGUGAACGACAACUCUCCUCAGAUACUGUACCCCGCCCCAGAGGGCAGCUCCUUCAUGACCGAGCUGGUCCCCAAAGCUGCACAUGGAGGCUCUCUGGUGUCCAAAGUGAUAGCAGUGGACGCAGAUUCCGGACAGAACGCCUGGUUGUCCUAUCAUAUCAUCAAAUCCACUGAUCCUGGACUUUUCAGUAUUGGUCUCCACAGUGGGGAGAUUAGGACACAGCGGGACAUUUUAGAAUCUGACAGCAUGAAACAGAAUCUUAUUGUAGCAGUGAAAGAUAACGGACAGCCCUCUCUGUCUGCCACAUGUUCGCUGUAUUUACUGAUUUCUGAUAACUUGGCUGAGGUGCCAGAACUGAAGGAUAUUUCUUAUGAUGAGAAGAAUUCCAAACUAACUUCUUAUCUGAUCAUCGCGCUGGUUUCUGUCUCCACCUUCUUUCUGACCUUCAUCAUCAUCAUUUUGGGUGUGAGAUUUUGUCACAGAAGAAAACCCAGACUGUUGUUUGAUGGAGCAGUUGCCAUCCCUGGUGCUUAUCUCCCUCCUAAUUACGCAGAUGUUGACGGCACAGGAACUUUACGCAGCACUUACAAUUAUGACGCCUACCUGACAACAGGAUCCAGAACCAGUGACUUUAAGUUUGUUUCAUCUUACAAUGACAACACGCUUCCUGCUGACCAGACCCUGAAGAAAAGUCCAACAGACUUUGCUGAAAUAUUUGGUCAGUCAACAGAGUCUCCAGAGGUAGCCACUUGCUACGUAACAAAAAUGCUGAAACGUGGGUCUGUAAUAGGAAAUGUUGCUAAAGAUCUCGGCCUGGGGAUUGCCAUACUUUCUUCACGUAAAGCCAGGAUUGACACAGACAAGAAUGAUCAAAGGUACUGUGAUAUUAAUCUCAGCAGUGGAGAUUUAGUUGUCACGGACAGAAUCGAUCGGGAAAACCUGUGUGGUAAGAAGACGGCUUGCGUUUUAAAAGAGGAGAUUAUCCUGGAGAGCCCUCUGGAGCUUCACCGUGUCAGUAUCCAUGUGCAAGAUAUAAACGACAACGCCCCGGAAUUUAGUGAGGAUCUUAUUUCAUUUGAAAUAACCGAAUCAGCUGUGAAAGGAGCCAAAUUCUUACUGAAUGAAGCCCGUGAUGCAGAUAUCGGAACGAAUGAUGUACAGGGCUAUGUUUUACAGAAUAAUGAGCAUUUCACUAUUAAUGUUAACACAGAAACUGGUGGACGGAAAAACUCUGAACUGGUUUUGGUAAAAGAAUUAGAUCGCGAGCAAAAGAAUCAGCUAAAACUUUUGCUUACAGCUCUGGAUGGUGGAACUCCUCAGAAAUCAGGGACCGCAGUCAUUCAUGUUACUGUACUGGAUGCCAACGAUAAUGCUCCAGUAUUUAGUCAGCCCAUCUAUAAAUCCAGUUUCCCCGAGAACUCGCCGUUGGGUACUUUAGUGCUUAUAGUUAGCGCUACUGAUGCAGACACAGGUCCCAAUGGUGAUAUUACAUAUAAUUUUGAUCAUGUGUCUGAUAACUAUGCUUCACUCUUUUCGCUUGAUUAUAAAAGUGGAGAGAUAAGACUCAUCGGCCCCACUGACUAUGAAACGAGCAGUUCAAUUGAAUUGCGAGUAAGGGCAAAAGAUGGACCAGGUCUGGUUUCCUAUUGUUCGGUAAUUAUAGACAUAACGGAUAUAAAUGACAACCCACCAUUUAUCGGUCUGAAAUCCCUGUCUACCCCCGUACCCGAAAACGUGCCACCUGGUACAGAGGUGGGAAUAAUUAAUGUGCAGGACAAAGAUUCUAAAAAAAACGGACAGGUCCGCUGCUCCAUUCAGCAAAACGUCCCCUUUAAGUUGGUUCCUUCCAUUAAAAACUAUUAUUCUCUGGUGACCACAGGACAACUGGACCGUGAACUAGUGUCUGAUUACAACAUUACAAUCACUGCUACUGAUGAGGGCUCUCCACCUCUGUCCUCCUCUAAAACUGUUCAGUUAUCUGUAGCUGACAUCAACGACAACCCACCUGUGUUUGAGGAACAGUCCUACAGCGCAUAUGUGACUGAAAAUAACAAACCUGGCUCCACUUUAUGUUCCGUUAGUGCUCGAGACCCCGACUGGAGACAAAACGGUACAGUGAUUUAUUCUCUGUUACCUGGUGAGGUGAACGGUGCCCGGGUGUCCUCCUAUGUAUCUGUUAAUGGAGACACGGGGGUGAUCCACGCUGUGAGAUCGUUUGAUUAUGAACAGUUCAGGAGUUUUAAAGUCCACGUGAUGGCCAGAGACAACGGAUCUCCUCCCCUCAGCAGCAACGUGACCGUCAGUGUGUUUAUAUCAGAUGUGAACGACAACUCUCCUCAGAUACUGUACCCCGCCCCAGAGGGCAGCUCCUUCAUGACCGAGCUGGUCCCCAAAGCUGCACAUGGAGGCUCUCUGGUGUCCAAAGUGAUAGCAGUGGACGCAGAUUCCGGACAGAACGCCUGGUUGUCCUAUCAUAUCAUCAAAUCUACUGAUCCUGGACUUUUCAGUAUUGGUCUCCACAGCGGAGAGAUCAGGAUCCAGCGGGACAUUUUGGAAUCUGACAGCAUGAAACAGAAUCUUAUUGUAGCAGUGAAAGAUAACGGACAGCCCUCUCUCUCUGCCACAUGUUCCCUGUAUUUAUUGAUUUCUGAUAACUUGGCUGAGGUGCCAGAACUGAAGGAUAUUUCUUAUGAUGAGAAGAAUUCCAAACUAACUUCUUAUUUGAUCAUCGCGCUGGUUUCUGUCUCCACCUUCUUUCUGACCUUCAUCAUCAUCAUUCUGGGUUUGAGAUUUUGUCAUAGAAGAAAACCCAGACUGUUGUUUGAUGGAGCAGUUGCCAUCCCUGGUGCUUAUCUCCCUCCUAAUUACGCAGAUGUUGACGGCACAGGAACUUUACGCAGCACUUACAAUUAUGAUGCCUACCUGACAACAGGAUCCAGAACCAGUGACUUUAAGUUUGUAUCAUCUUACAAUGACAACACGCUUCCUGCUGACCAGACUAUGAAGAAAAGUCCCACAGACUUUGCCGAUAUGUUUGGAGACUGCGAUACGUCUCCUGAGUUAUCUGUAGCUGACAUCAACGACAACCCACCUGUGUUUGAGGAACAGUCCUACAGCGCAUAUGUGACUGAAAAUAACAAACCUGGCUCCACUUUAUGUUCCGUUAGUGCUCGAGACCCCGACUGGAGACAAAACGGUACAGUGAUUUAUUCUCUGUUACCUGGUGAGGUGAACGGUGCCCGGGUGUCCUCCUAUGUAUCUGUUAAUGGAGACACGGGGGUGAUCCACGCUGUGAGAUCGUUUGAUUAUGAACAGUUCAGGAGUUUUAAAGUUCACGUGAUGGCCAGAGACAACGGAUCUCCUCCCCUCAGCAGCAACGUGACCGUCAGUGUGUUUAUAUCAGAUGUGAACGACAACUCUCCUCAGAUACUGUACCCCGCCCCAGAGGGCAGCUCCUUCAUGACCGAGCUGGUCCCCAAAGCUGCACAUGGAGGCUCUCUGGUGUCCAAAGUGAUAGCAGUGGACGCAGAUUCCGGACAGAACGCCUGGUUGUCCUAUCAUAUAAUCAAAUCCACUGAUGCAGGACUUUUCAGUAUUGGUCUCCAUAGCGGAGAGAUCAGGACAAAACGGGACAUUUUGGAAUCUGACAGUAUGAAGCAGAACCUUAUUGUAGCAGUGAAUGAUAACGGACAACCUCCUCUCUCUGCCACUUGUUCCAUCUAUUUACUGAUUUCUGAUAAUUUAGCUGAGGUGCCAGAACUGAAGGAUAUUUCUUAUGAUGAGAAGAAUUCCAAACUAACAUCGUAUCUGAUCAUCGCGCUGGUUUCUGUCUCCACCUUCUUUCUGACCUUCAUCAUCAUUAUUCUGGGUUUGAGAUUUUGUCUCAGAAGAAAACCCAGACUGUUGUUUGAUGGAGCAGUUGCCAUCCCUGGUGCUUAUCUCCCACCCAAUUAUGCAGAUGUUGAUGGGACGGGAACUUUACGCAGCACUUACAAUUAUGACGCCUACCUGACAACAGGAUCCAGAACCAGUGACUUUAAAUUUGUUUCAUCUUACAAUGACAACACGCUUCCUGCUGACCAGACUCUGAAGAAAAGUCCCUCAGACUUUGCUGAUGUUUUGGGAGACUUCGAUGCCUCUCCAGAGGGAGACUACUAG